UGUUUUUUUGGGGGGGGGGGGGGAGACUUCCAGAAGUUAAUAAAAGAAUCAGAGUUGAACACAUAUGAUAGGGUAUACUAUUAUGGCAAUAAAGUUUUCAAGAUGUUGGCAAGAUUAGGUGGUAACGUUUAUGAAUCAUUAAAUAAUUGGGUUUCAAAAAUAGAAUCCGAAGGAGGCUGGGUUUCAUAUGACGAAUUAGGCCAUGGAGUGUCGUCGUUUUCAAUGAUGACCGCCUGGCAAAUAAGUACUUUGAUUCAGAAUGCUCAUGUACUUCAGGUCGAUUCAACGCAUAAUACUUACCUGGGUAGGACUAAAGGGGAAAAUGUAUAUUUAGUUUCUAUUGUAUGUAAAAAUAAGAUAACGGGCAGAGGACUACCUGUUUGUUUCAUGCUUACCAAUAGUGAAACGUAUAUAUCUUUAAGAACAAUGAUUAAAUUAAUGAAAGCAUUGUUCCCUGAGAUCGUUGACACCAUCGGUAAGAAAGUGGUAUAUAAAGUUAGUUCAUUUACGGAUAAACGAAUAUUCUAUGAAGGUUUAGUGGACCUCCUUUCAAAGAAAGUUGAUGCAAUAAAGUCUUGGAGAAAACGUAUAUUUUUGCCGGUAAGAAUUCAAAUGAAUUUAACCAAUAGAGAAAUUGAAGAGGUGCACGAAUUUAUGGCUCAAGGUAUUGUCUAUAACGAGGUUGAGGUAGAUAAUACGGAGAUAGACUUUAGUUAUGACGAGAUCGAGCUGGAUGUUAAUGACAAUCAUGAGGAGGAAUCUACCAAAAUUGAUGAUACAGAGAAGACAACGGGAUCGGAUAAACAAGUAGAUAAAUAA